AUGGAAGACCCCCUUGCGAUUCUACCCCCCGAGAUCGUCCUGCGCAUCUUAGACUUUGCCCCGGUUUCGACACUCGCAUCCCUUACUGCCACGUCCACUGCCUGGCACGAAUUUAUUGAUGUGACCCAUCAAGAAGCGAUCUACAGUUCCGAGUCCAAGACUUCCCACCCGCCCGGCACCACUCGUGAUCUCUCGUUCUUGUCCAGUGCGGGAACCUUUGCCAAAUCGUUCGAAGGUACCACGUCAUGGAAGGAUUUGUGCAGACGCCAAACACUUCUUGCCUGCAACUGGGCUGAUUCCUGCCCAAUCACUCAGGAGUCGGUGCUCCAGGUCGGAAAUGAUCCUAUUUGGCGGUUUCGUCCAGACUUCAAGCGUCGGUUCUUCGUGUCUACCUCCCAUGCUGGCGGGUUAAAUGUUACAGAUAUGGACACUGGCUGUAUCCUAUGGCGCCUGCCUUCAUCACUGGAUCGGGACGAGGACUCAGUUCGUCCAUAUGCCCAUCUCGAAUAUCAGGAUGGAAUGGCCGUUUUUGAUCGUGAGGGCGAUGCUGUGGAGGUUUGGCAAGCCGAUGUGGACGGUGCACCGCGUGGAGAGUUUCGGCGCAUCGCGGUCUUGAACCAUGAUUGCCAGACUAGGGGCUUUCAACUAUCCUAUGACACGCUGUGUGUGGUGUCCAACAAAGCGCAAGGUUUUGUAUACGACAUGAAGCAGCGGCCUCCUCAGUUGAUCACACACUUGACAAUUGAACCUGAUGCCGUCGGUCAUUUAGAUCAAAGCAAAGAUGCGGUGAUCUACUCUAUAGGAGCACGGGGCUAUCACAUUUAUGACAAGGCUUCUGGCAAUUAUUUGGGUGCUCUGCAUCCAUCGCGAUGUACAGAUAAAUACCAUAUCCGUCCACCCCCCGCAAGUUCCCGUUCGGCCAGUGCGGCACUGGCCGGGACUCUCGUCAAGGGGCCACUCUCCCCACCACCAAGCGACCCGGAGCAUGUCUGGCAUGGAGAAGAUGAAUGGGGAGCAGGUAUGCUGGAUGGUGAUCUAUUUGUCGGCUUUUCUCGUGCUGGUCGAGUCUUUAUUUGCUCCGACUGGCGGAAGGCUAUCCAAGAUGAACCUGGUUUUACAGCCAAUACCUCCAUCAUUGAAUGCGAGACUGACGGCUCCAGCUUCGACUUGGGUGGUUGGUUAUCAGUGCGCAACCACCGCGUGAUGUUCGAAAUCCAAGACCGGGUAUACGUUGUGGCUCUUGAUGAUCGUAACAAGAUUCCCGCAGGGAACCCUCCUUCUCGCGCUUCAUACGCACUAGCCACCAGCUCUGCGCCACAGCUUGCUGUGCCAGUCAGCUUCAUGACGCUAUGCGAUGAUGCUAUCAUGACCACUUACACGACUCUCGGUUGGCGACAAACCCUCUCCGACAUCCCUGGCGAUGCCCAGCAACAACAUGAAAACCCCGCCCGAAUCUUCCCAACUAAAGCUGUCCGGAUUGUCAGCUUAAGCCCCAACCUUUCCAGCAAUCCAACUUCUCCAUCCAACACCACACCAGAACGGUCAGCAGGCAUUAGUGAUGAAACAGAUCCCAAUAACCCUCAUCCCGAUGACCUUUGGCGGUCCCAAGCCGGUCUAUUAGACUUGAUCAGCAUGCUCCAAGAUGAAUUUGAGGAAGAGGAUGACCCACCAGAACUCCUAUUGUCGGAUUUGCAAGCGGGACAUCCAGUUGAUGGAGAAUGGGAAGACGUUGAGGAUGACGAGGAUGACCAUCCAGACGCACCCGAAGCUUAA